UUUAUUUGUGAAACCACAGGAAACGCUGAUGCUGACGCCUGACGAUCGUUGCUUAUUAAUUUUAAUUUCGCUUUAUUUCGCAAUGAUUACAAGAAAAGUGUCCAUUUGCGGCUUAUAAUAGAUAUUUAAUAUUAAUUAGGCUGUAUAGUAAUAUGUGAUAGUUAUAUUUUGUGUGAAAAGUGGUGAUACAGAAAUGGCUGCGAAAACUUCCGAUUGGCGUCCUGGGCCGACUGUGUGCCGUUGUUGCCUUUCGGAAGGGUGUUAUAAGGACAUUUCAACUGAAUAUUUUUGGAUGGGGAAACGGGAAGUGUACUCCGAGAUGUUAUCAGAGACCUUCGAUUUAUCUAUAUCAUACUCCAAGUCUGGUGGCCCCAACAGUCAGAGCCGUCUAAUCUGUGAGCCCUGUAUUGCACGGUUGCGGGAUGCGGCGGACUUCAAGCGUCAAGUGCAAGAGUGUGAGAAGACCUUCAUGAGCUGCCUUGACCCUGUCGCGGCGCUCAGUGACUUGCAAGCUGUGUUGGAAAUGGACAAGGAGGUGAAAGUGGAGAUGGUGAUGAAGGAGGAGAAGAGGCACAGCGACGACGACUUCGACGACGUGCCCGACUUCGGCGACGACGACGACUACGACGACCUUGAUGACCAGCCCUUAACGAAACUAGCUACUAAAAUACCCAAAAAGGAGACAGUGGACGUGCUAGACUUGCUCGACAACGCCAAAAUCACCGCCAAGAGGAAGUCCUCCUCCAAACUCAAGACUCACCCAUCGAAAAAGUCCAAAAGCAAACAAAUAGCCACGUCGAGCAAGGAAAAACCCGAGCCGAAGAAGAAAAAAGGGUCCAAAUUGGAAAUUCGCGGGCGUAGGGAGAGUGAGAGUGAGAGAAAGAAAAUUAUUCUCGUAUAUCAGACGCCACAGCGGCGUAACGCGGAACUAAUACUCAGGCAUUCCACCGCGUAUCCCUUUAAGACGCGAUUUAGUCAGAUACUGUGCGCCUUUUGCCACGACGAAUACAACGCGUUGUCCAGUCUACGAUACCACAUGAAAACAGACCAUGUCAAUACGGAUUUCAAAAACGUUUUCUAUAGGACGAAAGAUAAUUUAAUCAAAGUGGACAUCACCGAUUUGAAAUGUAACAUAUGUCACCAGGAUAUACAAGAUGUGGAUACUCUGAUGGGUCACCUGUCUCGAGACCAUAAUAAGCCUGUCAGGUUCAACGCGCGAUUCGGCGUUCUGCCGUACAAGCAGAACGCUAUCGACCAUUGGGUGUGCGUGUACUGUCAGAAGAAUUAUCUGGAGUUUAUACAGUUCAAGCGUCAUAUAACCACUCAUUUUAUGAACUUUAGUUGCGAAAAGUGCGGUACGAUGUUUAUUUCGGAGCACGCGUUGCGGGAUCAUCGGCGACAGGUGAAAUGCUUUAGGACGGCGUAUAAACCUCGUAAUGGGAGAGUGAUGAGGCCGCGUUCCAACGCUGAAAUCAUCCUCCAAUGCUCAACAGCUUGUCCCUUCAGGACUUGGAAGAGUAAUUUCAACUGCGUUUUCUGUAGAGUACAAUCUAGCGACCCUAGCACGUUGCGAGCCCAUAUGCUAACCAGGCACGAGAAUUACGACGUACAAGCGGCGUUCUAUAAAAAGUUGGGUAAAGAAUUCCUCAAAAUAGAUAUAACAGAUCUUCAGUGCAAAUUGUGCUUUAUGCCUAUUGAGAACUUCGAAAACUUGACAUACCAUUUGAAGAACGAUCACCAGCAGCCUAUUAAUUCUGACGCCCAGUUAGGUGUUCUUCCGUUUAGAUUGAACGAUGGGUCGAUUUGGAAGUGUACAAUGUGCCCGAACGAGUUCAAAGAUUUCAUUUCACUGAAGAAGCACACAUCAGAGCAUUUCCAGAACUACGUUUGCGAUACUUGCGGCGAAGGGUUCAUUACAGAAUCUGCUAUGAUCGCCCACACUAAGAUACCUCAUGAAAAUAAGUAUAGUUGUAGUCGAUGUGUUGCGACGUUCUCGACGCUUGAAGAGCGUAAUGUACACGUCAAAACGCAACACACGUCCACACCGUACAUGUGCGUAUACUGCAAAGACAGGCCGCGAUUUGCAAACUGGGAGCUGAGGAAGAAGCAUCUAAUGGAAGUCCACAAUUACAAAACCGGUGCUGACAAAUACGAAUGCACUACAUGUCAGAAGUCUUUCAAAACUCGCUCAGGGAAAUAUAACCACAUGGCGAGGACUCAUAGGAUAAAAAAGGACACGGAACUUAAUUACCCCUGCCACAACUGCCCGAAGGCUUUCACCACACAAUUGUUCUUGGAUAAGCAUGUCGCCAAAAAACAUUUCGAUGUCUGAUGGGUCUUAUGAAUCCAAAAUGUCAUAAAUCUGCCAUAAUGCUUGUAUUUGCGGGUGUGCAUAUUAGAUUAGAAAUAAAAGAACCGCUUAUUAAACGGAUGCUUUCGAAUAACAAUAAUCACAUGGUUCUUUCUUUU